AUGUAUGUGACAGUAGGUGCACCCGAUAUCUUGAUAACAAUAAACGAUUUUGUAAAUAAGGAAUCUUCAACAUAUCAGAUAAGUGAUAUAUGUAAUGAUAUGAAAAUAAGUGAAAUAAUUAACAAAAUUAAGGUAAAAAAAAACUACACAUAUGAUAAUAACUCGUUAGUAUUAUAUUUUGCAAGAGUGGAAUGUAAAAUCGAUGAAAAAUUAUCAACAUAUAAUAAAUCCAAUAGAAAAACAAUUAAACUGGAGUUAUAUUUAGCCAACUUAAUUACAAUUAAUGUCAGAACUUUACAAUCAUGUGGAUCAGGAACGAGUAGAUGUAUACCUUUAUGGUCUUUCUGUUUUAGACAAACCAUUAAAAUCAAAAUAAUUGACACUUCUGAAGUUCGUAUGUUGAAGCAAAGGAUAUACAACCUUACUGAUGAAUCGUCUUCCAUACCCGUUGAAAACAUAGUCCUCCUGUACAAAGGGGCACCACUAAACAACUUUCUUACAUUGAAAGAAUCUGAACUUGUCGAUAAUUGUCGAAUUGAUUACUUUGUGCCUAUGUGUUACGUUUAUAAAAAGAAGAAGGAAAAUAAUAGCGAGGAUGACGAUGGUGACAAUGAUGUUGAUGAUGAUGUUGAUAAUGUUGACAAUGAUGAUAUUGAUGAUAUUGUGAAAAAUAAAGAGAACAAAGGGAAAAAAUGGAAUGGAGAUAAGAAAAACAAGGAGAAAAGAGAAAAUAGCACAAAGAGUGAAAAAUCUAACAAGAGUAAUAAUGUUGAAAAUAAUGAAGAAGCCAAAGCAUAG